AUUUUUUACCAUACCUCCCAAUAGCAUUUGAUUCUCUUUCCUAUUCAAAUUAGGAAUACUAAUUAUAUUUUAAACAGGGUCAGUAAAUAAAUCAGGAUUAGGAUUCCUAAUUAGUUUAGGAUUCCUAAUUAUUAUUUAUGGCAUUUCCUUAUUUAAUUUAAUUAGGAUUUAUUAAAGUCCUAAUUUACUUUGAUUAUUAGUAUUAUAAAUAGGGAGUACAAAAAUUUAUCCAAGGCAUAAAAUUUCCGAUCCAGUUAUGGCAGAGGAAGAUGAAAUCAAGAGGAGAACAAACAAUCCCAAGUCUUAUCAAGUGAGGAAAGAAUGCAUAAAAAGGAAAUCGAUGGAGCUUGCGACUCUCUGCGAUAUCAAGGUUUGUACUGUUAUUACUGGUCCUAAUGGGGAACUGCAAACUUGGCCUGACGAUUUCGAUGCCUGUAAACAAGUUCUGGAUCUCUACUCUCAAAAUUUAAAACCCGAAAAGAAGUACAAGGAAUCAUCAACACCAGAACCAGAAGAAGAGCCAGAGCCAGAGCCAGAACCAGAACCAGGAGAAGAAGAAGGAGAGAAAGAUCUCUUGACGCUAGUUGAAUCAACGCUUGCUGCUGUCAAUAGGAGAAUUCGUAGCUUGGAGAACAAGGGGAAAAGAAAGAGAAUCGAGUGAUUUAUUCGUAUGAGUUUUUUUUUUUUGGGAUAUAUUUUCAAAAUGUUUCGCGAUUGAAAUUGUGUGUGUUUUAAUUGAACAAUUAAAUUUACAUCACAAGUGACUCUGUUAUCUCCUUUGGGAAUUAUUGGAAUAUUGAUGUAAUUCGGAUCACUUUCAGGAAUUAAUUUAUUUUGGAAAA